UAACUUACAGACCACUUAAUAAACACUUCGAGAUCUGCCUCCAUCAAGUUUCGCAACUUUGGGACAAUAGUUGCCUGUCUAUUGUACCACACACGUGUGCUCUUUUCAGGAUAGGAGUUUUGUUCAAUGGAAAUCUUUAAGUAGCGUGCUUUGUGUUAUCCGUUCACGAACAUGCAACGUUGUCCUGUGAAGUAGUGAUGUCCUUCUACCUCUUCUAGAGAUGGUUUUGAGCGUCAAGGAGGGGCGCAUGCCAAAGGGAGCGAUCACCGGCUGAAGAAAUUGAACCAAAGAUGUCAACAUUGCUUACCACCCACUCGAAAUCAAUUAUAUUACAUUCAAGAAUCUCGCUCAUCGUAUAAAACGGGACGCAUGAUUUCCAAAGAGACUGCAGUAAACGCUAUCAGCUCUGUUCUCCUUAUCAUCGACAGCACUGUGCAAGGGGAGAUAUUUUGGGGAGAAACCGUGUCCACUUUUGAGGACAAAAAAAUCUUCCGUUAACCUAACGUCCACAGAAGCCAUGCAAGCGGAGAGGAAAUGGCAUAUUCUGUUGAGUGUGUUCCUUCUGCUCGUCACCUCAGGCCAGUGCAUGGACAGCAAAGAAGUCAAGCAGAAAGAGAGAAGGACCUUGUUGGAUCUAAUCUUACAGGUUAUCGGAGACAAUCCAAGGAACAAGCCCAUCUCCAGGCGCUAUAGCAGUGGUCUCCUAACUGCAGCCCAAGACAUAAAGCUCUCCUCCUGUGAAAAGCCUUUAUAUGUUCCUAGGCUGGAUAACAGUAGACCAAUAGAGAUUGUCCCAAGAGAUAUAAACCUGAAAGACAAGUUCAUAAAGCAUUUCACAGCAGGACCAGUCAAGUUCUCUUCGGAAUGCAGAACACAUUUUCAUAGACUAUAUCACAAUACAAGGGAUUGUUCACGACCAGCAUACUACAAGAGAUGUGCAAGAUUGCUAACAAGGCUAGCAAUGAGUCCACUGUGCACACAAUCAUAGACAUUUCAUGUUCAAACUAAUUAACGAGGGAUAAAUGUGUUGCCAAGGAAGUGCCUUCAGUGUGCAGCAGUCAUAAGAACAUAGUGCUGUAAUUGUUUAUAGUAUUUAUAUUUAUGUUGUCAAUAUUGAAAAUGCCAGCUGACUUGGUUGGUUUCAUGAGAUAGAUUUGCUGUAUAUUUUAACAUAUCAUGUAUUUUUAAGAAAACAUUAAUUUAAUAUCGAUACACCUAUUUAUUUAAAUAGUAUGUAUAUAAUUGUUCUGAAUGAUUCCCAAAUGUUAAUAUUUCUUAAAUUAACCAUGUGAUGUAGAAAAAAAAGAAUCAACUGUGACAAAUUCAAACUAAGAAUUAUUUGUUUAAAAUUGUGUUGUUUGAUGGCCCGCCUUGGUGUUGGAGCUAUGCCAUUCACUGUCAUUGUCUUCAUUACAUACUGUAUAAUUUGGCACUUGAAUGAUUUCAGAAAGUGAGAAUAUAUUGAAUGACGACAAUAGUGAAUAUUGCACUGCAGAACUGAACAAUAAAAAAGUAUUAAGCAC